CCCAAACCCAGGCCCCCCCAUGUGGCUUCAGCUCUCAAGAGUUUGCGCUGUGUCUGGUCACUAUGGAGCUCAGCCUGGAAGGCACAAGGAACCCUUGCCUGACGUCAGAAAUAUUUCUUCGCUGAAACACUAAUUGGCCAGAGUCACUGGGGCUGGCUGGGGCUGUUUCUGACUGUUCAGAAGGCCCUGAAGAUAGGAAGGUGUUUUCACGGGCUAAAGGCAAAUCACGUAGGUUUCUCACAUCGUUAUGACGAGAUCAUUUGGGUAAGACACUGACACAAGAAAAAUGAAAAGACAAUGAAAACUGUCAAAAUAAAGCCUGGCCCUGAUAGCUGCUGCCUCUACCUCCCGUUUCAGGAGCAUUCCAAUGAACUACUUGCAGGAGGAAGAAAAGGAGUGCCUUCUCUGGAUGAGAUCUGGAACAUACAGACAGCUGGACAAAGCUGUCUCAAUCGUGCUUCCUGCUUGUCAGCCUCUAGCUCCCCAAACGCGAACCAUUUCCACUUGAUGUCAUCACGCAGGAGGGGGUGAAAGGGACUCGGUGACAGAUUCAGAGAGAGAGAGAGUCACCACCAGUAGGAUCCUCCUGCCAUGAUCCAUUCCAGCCUCAGCCAGCCUGGAUCAUGGGGUAUGUACAAAUGCCUGGCGUGUGCAAGGAGAUCUCAAGACAUGAACCCAGGACCCUCUCAUAAACGAACACAGGAGCACACACUAGAUGCCUGUGAGCGUCGGAUCACGUCGCUGCGUUGUAGACGCACACUGGUGGCCCCUGCGUCCAGCUCCUGUCCGUCCACUUUGACCUUGCCCCUCCUGCUCACGGGCCACCAUGGAGACGCUCUCCCAGGAUUCCUUGCUGGAAUGCCAGAUCUGUUUCAAUUACUACAGCCCUCGGCGGAGGCCCAAAUUGCUGGAUUGCAAGCACACCUGCUGCUCGGUGUGCCUCCAGCAGAUGCGGACCAGCCAGAAAGAUGUGAGGUGCCCCUGGUGCCGUGGCAUCACCAAGCUGCCCCCGGGCUUCUCCGUGUCGCAGCUCCCCGACGACCCCGAGGUCCUGGCCGUCAUUGCCAUUCCACACACUUCUGAGCACACCCCAGUCUUCAUCAAACUUCCCAGCAAUGGGUGCUACAUGCUACCCCUGCCCAUCUCCAAGGAGCGCGGGCUGCUGCCCGGAGACAUGGGCUGCCGCCUGCUGCCCGGGAGCCAGCAGAAGUCUGUCACUGUGGUGACCAUUCCUGCCGAACAGCAGCCUCUGCAAGGCGGGGCGCCCCCGGAGGUGGCGGAGGAGGAGCCGGACAGGCGGGGCGUGGUCAAGAGCUCCACCUGGUCGGGGGUGUGCACUGUCAUCCUGGUGGCCUGCGUCUUGGUCUUCCUCCUGGGCAUCGUGCUUCACAACAUGUCUUGCAUUUCUAAGCGCUUCACUGUGAUAUCCUGUGGCUGAAGACAGCUGCGGGGAUGUCUCUUGUGGGUGCCAACUUAGGGGUUGAGCAGGUGUUGGUGAUGGGAUCCCGGCGAGCAGAUGGGGGCGACACUGACCAUUUGGUGCCCAGUGCUGGCCUCUAUGUUGCAACUUGAUUCAUCCAAAGACAGACACGAAGGGCAGAAGGCAAGGUCUCAACAGGCUACCAGACGGGUCGUUCUGAGUAUCCAUGGCCACAGCGUUGACGAUGAUCGCAUGCAUCCUCAUAAUCAUGUAUUAAACAGACUGUGAUUUAUGAUUUUGCAAAAUCAUGUUACAAGAUAGACAUAUUCUCCUUAGACAUUAAACUGUACAAGUAUGUACAACGUGAUCUUCUCUAAAUGCGGUAGACUCAAACAAAGAUGCUGUGUAUACAAGUAGAAUUAAACCCACGAAUCCAUGUAAAAAAUCAAUGAAGACUUGCGGUUCUGGCUUCUUUCUUUUUCUCUUCUGUUUUUAAUUUUUUUAAUGUAACCUCGUCUUCAUUUAGUUGUGAAACUUUUUAUACAUUUUGAAUGACACUCAAAUCAAAAUCGGUUAAAUGGGUGGUCGGUUUUUAGAGGAAAUAUGUGAACAGGCAUCUUCAGCCUGUCGUGUUUUGUCAUGUCCCUUCAUUUUUUCUCUUGUAAUUAGAGCUCACUACAUGUUGAUUAAACUGAAAGCCCAACGGGGGAGCAAUACGUUGAGAAAUCAUGAGAAAUGCCUAAUCGCACAGGAAACCUGUAUGCCAAUUUUUCUCAAGCCAUUUCACAAAAUAAGAAUUUAAAAUGUAAAUAGUCCGUAUUUCUGUGUGCGCACGUGUAUAUGUGUGUGGUUUGGUUUACCUCAGGCUUGUGAGCCUUUUCAGAAGAAUUCCAGGAGGACAGUUUCGUGGGAGUGAGUGAGACGAGUGUCUGAAGUGUUGGUCACCUCACGGGUGCCUGGACCCCCCAGUGAGGUCAUCUCAGCGUUCGGGCCUCUGCUUGUGUAUUUAAGUCCUGUAUUUUGUAGGCACAAAUGAACUGUACCAGAAAAAUCUGUCUUUUCUCCUAGUUUGGGGGUAUUGUAAUAGCGGUGAGUGUUGUUAACUGCUGACAAACCCAGAUGGGCAUUUUAAUGGACAGUCCAUGAUUAUGUUUUUGAAAGAUGUUGUUAAUGAGAGCUAAGACCGUUUAGAAUUCCACUUUGCUUUCGUUGGUAUCAGCAAGAAAAUCUCUAGUAUCUCGAAUAUGUCUUUAUUGAGAAAAGUGGCAAAGUAAACUAAUAACUCACAUUCCCAUUGUUAUGUGGACCAGCUCCUCAUAAAGUCUCAAGUAUUCUUAAAUGCAUAAUGAUCUGUAGAUGCUUAUGAAGAAAGAUCUGCCGGUGGUAAGUGAUAAAUUCCUAUCCCUGGGUGCUUGUGCAUUCAGAAAUAGCUGUGAGCCUUGCAAUUCUUUCCUGAUUUCUUUUAUGGAAUACACGAAGCAAGUAGGAUGAGACAAGGACUCACUCUACUCAUAAAUAUUUGUUUUUCUGUUCCACUGGGUCUCUGGAAAUGGCAGGGAGGAUGAGGGGAUAUGAGGGGAAAAUGAACGGUGACUGGUUUCAAAAAACAAGGCUAAAACAUAGCCCCUGUGAGAUCAAGACUAUUUAUAUGCUAUCACCCAAAUUAUGCAUAGUAAAGUGAUGGGAUUCAUGUAAAACAAAACAAAAAUAUAAUGACUAGACACAAAGUUAACACUGUUAAUUGGCAUGAUAAAUCCAUGGAAAAGUGUGAACUUGGGCAUUUCAAAUAGUUCAAAUUUGUGCUAAGACUUUUAGGAAAUGUAUUUGAAAGCUCAAGCUAGCAAUUAGGUUACAAUGCCAUUUUAUUUUGUAAGCUAUUGGGCAUUACACAACAAAUAAUCUAGGAUUUAUUUGGUAUUAAUAAUUCAGGUAUCAUAUUAACUAAAUACUAUCCUCUAUUAUGUAACAUAAUAUAUUAUUGGGUUAGUGUCAAUUUCUCAGACUCUCCCAGGCUGCUGUAAUGUACAUCUGACCCAAUUUCUAUUUCUCUUGGAGGAAAACACACACACACACACACACACACACACACACACACCCCAUAGAUACGUUGCAUUAAAAAUGCAACAAAGUCCAAUGGACGUUGCUGUUGCAAUUUUAAGCCAUGCCGUAUUCAAAUUAAGUUUGAGAGUGACUCUCAUACACUAUGUACAGUGUGAAAUGACUGACCUAUUAGUGUAGUCUGUGGUAGAGUUGUUCUUGUUAAGUAGGUUAUAUGUAGACACUAAUGUGUGUGAUGAUAGUGUCCCGUGCUGCUUAGUACAAAGCCGUAGACUAAAAGCGACCACAGCACUUUUACUUAAAAACAGUCCCGUGCUAGAGCUGCAAAACCGAUCAGCUCUCUGGUAGAUUCUUGACCUAAAAUUUAAGCUAAUGAUAACAACCCAAAUCAGAAUUUUUUAUACAAGUCUCACUGAUGUAAGAAACAUUUCAGUGGAUUCUGCCUGCAGUUAUUUGUGUACCUGCUUGUUAAGAUAUGUAUUAUGUUUGUGUGUGUGUGUGUGUGAAAGAGAAAGACCUAUCUUAACCUGCCAGAUAGAAUUUUAUAGGCUUAAUGUUUUCAUGUUAAUUGGCAUUCCAUUGCUCUGGUCUCUUCUGGCUUUUACCCAGGACACUAAUGACCCAUCUACCCCACUUGACAAAAACCCAGUGGCCAAAAUUCAUAGUUGCACAUCAAUUAAAAGUCACAAUCAGAAAGCACAGAAAGGGCUGAAAGCAGCCUCUGGUGGCUUUAUUUUGUAGAGGAGUCCUUUGAGGCCCACUGAGGUGCAUAGCAGCUUGUAAUACCUGCAGUAAACUGGGGACAGGACUUU